UUAUUGUGGACUUUAGGCAUUUGCUAUCUGAUAAGGUGUAUACUGUAGAUGUAAAGAAACCUGUGCAUGCACAAGUGGUUACAUUAGCUGUUCACUAAAAAUCUCAUGCUUUUAAAAGAUAGCCAUUCUUUUUCCUUUGUAUUUGUUUAAUGUUUUACGAGACAUGAAGCCAUUCUUUGCUCUUCUAUCAGGGUUCUUGGUCAUUGCGUCGUCUUGUCCCAAUGACAAGUUCCUCUGCGGCUCUGGGGAAUGUUUGCCUUUGGAAGUGAUCUGUAAUUCCACAAUCGACUGUAAAGAUGGCUCAGAUGAAGGUUUUUGUGGUGGGUGUGGUUUUGAGAAUGGUUCCUGUGGGUGGAAUGAUACAAGCAAGACAAAUAGUUGGAAACUGGUGAUGGCCAAUAUGACCAACAGACCUACACCCGACCAUACCACAGAAAGCCUCUUGGGACAUGUCAUGUAUUUAAAUGGCAGCAACAGCAAGUACCCAUCAAAGGCUACAUUGGAGCUCGCCGUUGCUAGCGGGGCAGCUCUGGCGUGCCAUCUCAGCUUCUGGUACCAAUUUCAAGAUGUAAAAGGCAGUUCAUGGCCUAGCCUUCUGGUAAAUAUGCUGAGAGACGACACUAAAACCGAGUUGCUGUCGGUUGAAGAGAAGAAGGAAGGCUGGGAGAACGCCACGGCGUUCAUUGGAAAUCAGCCCGGAGGCUACAAGCUGGAGUUUUUAUUCGAAGCCCCAUUUCUAGAUGUCUGUGAUGUCAUGCUUGACGACAUUACCUUGAAGCACUGCGGGGAGUGGGACGUUCCCGCGGGAUCAGACCAACUCACGUGUGACUUCGAGAAGGACACUUGCUCCUGGUAUGCGGACAAUACCAAGCGCCUUUUGUGGAAAAGAAAUGGACGAUAUGGUGAACCAGGAUACGACCACACCACUGGUAAAGGAGGUCAUUACAUGAACAUCGAUACCAGAAACAACCUUGAUACCUCCUCAACGGCGAGACUCAUCAGCUACCCCCAGCCAGUAACCAAGGCCAUAUGUGUCAGCUUUUGGUACCACAUGUUUGGCAACAGUAUUGGUUCUUUAAGGUUCAUUACAAAACGCGCGGGCGAAAACGAGACGCUGGUUUGGAUAAGACACGGAACCCAGGGGAACAAGUGGCGCUUCGCUGACCUCACUUUCCAAACUCAAAGUCCACUACAGUUCAUUAUAGAGGCAGAGGUCGGUGAAAAGCACACCGAAGGAAGCAUAGCCGUGGACGACAUAGAGGUGAGCAGCAGCCCCAGCGGCUCCUGUCCGGCUGAGAGAGAGUGCACCUUCCAGUCCUCCCUCUGCGGCCUGCAGCCCCGAGACGAACCAGACUUCAGCUGGAUAAGAACCAGGGGGAUCCAGCACGCCAACUCAUCCGGCCCGGCUUCUGAUCACACCCUUGGGACAGAACAAGGGUUUUACCUGAGCGCCAGGCUGUGGGGUCACCCCGCCGGCACCACGGUGGGCAUGCUGAGCUCAGUGAUGGAGCCCCGAGUGGGCGGAGAGUGCUGGAUGUUCUGGUACUACAUGGAGGGCGAGGACGUGGGCCAGCUCACCGUCUCUGUUCAAACGCCCGAGGUGCCCAGGAGCCUGGGUGGGCAGAACUGGACGCGGACCGGAGACCAGGGAGGCCACUGGAGGCACGCCCGGGUGACGGUGGACAGUCGUGAGGCGCCCUACCAGCUUCUCUUUGAGGCCACAGCCGGGAGUGGUGCGAGGAGGGAUGUGGUCAUUGACGACAUCAUUGUUCUUGAUGACAUCUGUCCGCCCGAAGGAUACUGUGACUUUGAGAUGGACUACUGUGGCUGGGUGAACAGUCCACCGGCCAACUCCAGCCUGGAUUGGGACUGGCUCUCAGAAGAGGACCACACAAUUGGUACAAAUGGACAUUUUGUGAGGAUUUCGUGCGACUCUCGAGAGGAGCUGAUAGCGCGCCUGGAGACCGAGUCAAUGCCUGCAGUCGAGAGCGGCUGUCUGGAGCUCUGGCACCAUGCUGAGGGUUUUUUAAUGGACCGCCCUACCAAAAUAGAGCUGACGAUGUUUGUAAAUGACUCAACCGGACUCCAUGCAGUGUGGACUACCAACGGAUUCCCCAACCGAACUUGGAUCCAAGCCAGGGUGGAUUAUAAUUCCUCAGAAGUUCACCAAAUUGUUCUGCAAGCCAAGUGUGCCAUCAACUGGAAAGAAAGUAUGGCCCUUGAUGAUAUCCACAUCAUGAGGGGAACCACCUGUGCUCAGCUCAUCCCCACCACCACCCCGAAUCCCCCCACCACCACCUCCAGCCCUCCCCCCUCCCAGAUGGACUGCAACUUUGGGCAAGGUCUGUGUAGUUGGGUCCAGGAAACAUCGGAUGGUAUCGACUGGAUCCGAAGCAGUGGUCUCCAAGUGGACCAGCCAUUGGAUGGACCUAUGUAUGACCACACCAUUGAGAGCAAAAAUGGGUUCUACUUACUGUUAAACGGCUCGGGAUCUGAAGAUGGCGAGAGGGCCGUCAUAUAUCUUCCUCUACACAGCGAACAACAAACAGAUAUCUGCGUGGGAUUCUGGUAUUACAUGCUUGGACCUUCAGUGCCUCGUCUUGACCUGGUGGUUCAAGAUAAGAACUCUGAUUGGCUGGCCUGGACUCGCCAAGGCAGUCAGGAUUCAGAGUGGAUUAACGCACAGGUGACCAUCUCUACCAGCCAGGUGGUCAAGGUCCUGUUUGAAGGCCGGAGGAACACCACCAGCCGGGGAUUUGUCGCCAUCGACGACAUCACAGUGAGGCAAGGCAUCUGCAACGCCAGUCAUGUAUGCAGCUUUGACUCAAACUUGUGCAACUUUGAGGCGGAUCAUAUGUGGGUUCACCAAAGAGGGAUGGAGACACAUUUGGACCACACCUCUGGAACUGAGCAUGGGUUCUUCAUGACUGUGCAUGUUCGGGAGGGGCAGCAGGGGGAAGUGGCUCAUCUCCGUACACCAGACUUCCCCGCGUCGACGGGGACGUGCAUACGCUUCUGGUACUGGUUGCUGGCGGGCACCGCUGACAUCCUCUCGGUCCACGUGCUGCAGGGCGCCGACCUCAGCUCUGCUCUGUGGAGCCGCUCCGGAGCGCCCUCUACAGGCUGGGAGGUGGCGGAGCUCACCGUGUCCUCCAGCGGCAAGUUUAAGGUGGUGUUCAGUGUGCUGCGGGAUCCCAGCACCAACUCCACGGUACUGCUCGAUGACGUCUCAUGGACGGAGGGGCCGUGUGCCCCGCGGGGGGGCUGUGACUUUGAGUCCGGGACGUGCACCUGGGUCAACGUCCCCGUGGAGGGGGGCCACGACUGGGUGCACGCCAACGGACACUUCCAGGGCCCGCCGGCCGACCACACCACGGAGACCAGCGAGGGUGGGUUCUUGCUGAGCUCAGCCCUGCCACAGGGCCAGCCCAGCCGGGCCCGGGUGCUCUCUGAGUGGAUCCACCAGAGAGAGGAGCUGGCCUGUCUGGCCCUCUGGUACCACACAUCCACCAGUGACUUGGGAACAUUGCGUGUAUUCAUACUAUCAGGGCCGGAGGAAAAGCAACAGGUGCUUCAAACUAACCACUCAGGCCCUGGAUGGACCCUGAUCUCUGAUUCUGUAUCCAGCUCCAAACCUUUCCAGGUGAUGAUCGAGGCAGAGUCCCCAGAUGGUGGUUUCAUGGCUGUUGAUGAUAUCAGCAUCAAACCGGGUUCAUGCCCAGGGAAUGAAACAACCGAGGGGUUUACGGGCUGUUCCUUUGAGAAUGACACUUGUGACUGGUUGGACGUCAGUACCAGUAAGUUUCAGUGGCUCAGGAACAGAAACGCAACUCUGAGUGAGAAUACCGGACCGUCUGUGGACAACACACUGGGAACUGAGCUGGGUUGGUACAUGUCGGUGGAGGCAGACAAAGGUGAAGAGAACAGCUUUGCCACCCUGCAAAGUCCCACCAUGAACCAGGCCAGCGCUGACUGUACACUGCACUUCUACUACCAUAUGUAUGGAAAAGACAUGGGGGGCCUGCUGGUGGUGCUGGGGACGGACUCCAGGUCCACUCCCCUGUGGUGGCUCUCCGGGGACCAGGGGAACCGCUGGCUUCACGGGGAGGUCCGGGUGGCCCGCGUCCCGCACCAGUUCUCCAUCUCGUUCGAGGCGGUCCGAAGCUUCAGCCACCUCGGGGACGUGGCCAUCGACGACAUCAGCUUCUCCAACUGCACCCUGCACGAUCCCCAGCCUUCAUGUCCUGAGGUGAUGUUCACCUGCAACAACAAGGUGUGCGUUGAACGCAACCGAGUGUGUGACUUCACUGAUGACUGCGGAGAUGAGUCUGAUGAGGCAGACUGUGAGCAACACGGGAAGGCCGGGCGCUGCAGCUUCGAGCAGGGCCUGUGUUCCUGGACAGGAAGUGGGUGGACUUGGCACACGGCCACUGACGCCUGGCCCAUGCACGGGCCACCACGGGACCAUACACAAAACACAAACGCUGGUCACUAUGUCGUCCCGGACCCUGGGAGUUUGACGGGACCGUCCGGAGAGCUCAUCUCCCACACCCUGCUUCCGAGCGCCAACUGCAGCGUGAGGUUCUACCACUUCAGCCGAGACGACGCCUCCGCCCGGCUCAGCCUCCACGCCAGGACACAGUGGCCAUCUGGUGGUGGCGGCGACACGGCCCUGUGGCUCAGGGACCAAUCACAGAGCUACAGCUGGCAGAGGGCGGAGGUCACCUUCUCCUCCUCGGCUCCGAGCAAGAUAGUUUUCCACUACGAGCGAGGUCAAGCUUCGGGGUUGGUUGCCCUGGACGACGUGUCUUUCUCGGAAAGCUGCCUCUUUGACACUGGGCCGCCCUGUAAGGACGACGAGUUUCACUGCUGGCGAUCGGAGGGAACUCCAUGUGUGUCGGCGAGCAGGCAGUGUGACUACCGGCUGGAUUGCCCCCUAGGGGAGGACGAGGACACCUGUGGUCCCUGCACCUUCGAGAGGGACCAGUGCCAGUGGAACGACAGCAGCCAGGGGCCGCGCGGGUGGCUGAGACAGAGGGCCACCAACCAGACCACGCCCCCCACCGACCACACCUCACAGACAGGCUUCUACAUGAAAGUGGAGCCCGUUCCUGGGAGGGCGCUUGAUGAGGCUCGUCUCUCGAGUCCCCUUCUCCCGGCCUCGUCCGCCUACUGUCAGAUGCGGUUUCACUUCCACAUGAGCAGUGAGAGAGCUGGGUCACUGGCAGUGCUUAUGCAGCAAGCCGGGGCCGGUGAAGCAACGCUGUGGUCACGCCCUCACAACACUGUCUCCCGUUGGGCCUACGAGUCCCUGCCGCUUGGCCAACACCUCCAACCAUAUAAGCUGUUCUUCAUUAGCAAGGUGAAUAAAACUGUGGCUUUGGACGACAUCUCCUUCGUGAACUGCGAAGCAUCCUUCCAGCCCCCAGCUCUGUCCAACUACAGCUGCACCUUUGAGGAAGGUCUGUGUGGCUGGGAACAGGGGUCCCAAGGGCAGCUGGAGUGGCUGAGGAACUCUGGCCCUACAGAUACUCCCAACACGGGGCCCUCCGGAGACCACACCAACGGCACCGGGAAGUACUUGUAUAUAGAGAGUUCCCCGCCAAGUCAAAAGGGGAACGUGGCCUGGUUAAAGUCUCAGCUGCUGGCCCCUGCUGGUGAAGACGGGUACUGCCUCACCUUCUGGUACCACAUGUAUGGAGCCACGGUGGGGUCUCUGAGGGUGGUCCUGCAGAAGGUCGACCCCUAUGAGCAAACAACGGCAUGGCAGCUCAACGGGAGCCAGGGUCGUGAUUGGCAGAUGGGCCGGCUUCACGUGACGGAUCAGCCACGCGUCCACCUGGCCAUCCUGGAGGCCAGGGUGGGCGGGGAGACGGGCGACAUCGCCGUCGACGACGUCAAGCUCGUCAGCGGCCCGUGCGCCGCCUCAGAUGUGUGUGACUUUGAGACGGGGAGCUGUAAUUGGCGGCAGGAAGCAAACGACAAUUCAGGCUGGGUCCGAUGGUCGGGCCCCAGCCCCAACCCCAACACCGGCCCUGUCACCGACCACACCACCCACACGGACUGGGGGCAUUACUACCUCCUGCCCUCCAAGGCCUCGGACCUGUCUGGGCACAGAACCAAGAUGGCCUCACCCUGGUUCACUGCAGCGAAUGGAGGGUGCCUGCAGCUCUGGUACCACAUGCACGGCCCAGGCGUGGGGACCCUGAACGUGUACCGUCAGAGCCAGUCAGGCCAGGACACCCUGCUGCUGUUCCGCUCCGGGGACCACAGCCCCAUGUGGAGGUUCGCCCAGGCCCCCCUGGGGGACCACCCCCUGCCAUACCGGAUUGUGGUGGAAGGCGUGAGUGAGGGCCCCACCCAGAGCGGGGACAUGGCCUUCGACGACGUCCAGGUCACCCACCAACCCUGCCCCCCGCCGGGCCACUGCGACUUUGAGAGCAGCCUGUGUGACUGGAGCAGCCUGGGUGGAGGAGCGGACCUGGGUGGAGGAGCGGACCUGGGGGGAGGAGCGGACCUGGGGGGCUGGCUCAGGGGCCGGGGAGCCUCCCCACACCCCAGCAACGGGCCCGACGUCGAUCACACCACCAACUCAGAUCAGGGUUACUAUGUGCAUAUUGACACCUAUGUUGGUGGUUGGGGAACGGUGUCGUCCCUGCGAGGGGAUUUACUCCAAGCCGCCACUGGAGGGCACUGUCUCAACUUUUGGUACCAUAUGAAUGGUAGUGAUGUGGGCACUCUGCAGGUGUAUAUCAAUGACAGGAAAAUGCACAACAGCGGCGAAGGGGAAGGAGUUCUACUUUGGAAUAAGGAUGGUAACCAAGGACACACGUGGCUGGAGGCUAGCGUGCCUGUUCUUCACGGAAAUGCAUUCUGGUUUGUGUUUGUGUAUCAGGGUGGAAGGAGUGGCGGUGGCACCAUGGCGCUGGAUGAUAUCAACGUCCUGUCCGGACCGUGCCCCAAUGCGCCCCCUACGCCGCCGACCACUGAAGAAUCACUGACCGUUGGGCUGGCAGUGGGACUCACUCUGAUGUCGGGCGUUGCCAUCGCCAGCAGCCUCUUCGCGUUCAAUAAUUGGUGGACUGCAAGGUGGUCCGCAAGUGGUUUUGUCUGUGUGUGCGGGUGCCUCGGGGGUGCUCCGGAGAACACCGACCGUGUGGAAAUCGCCCGGAACUCAGUAUUUGAGAUUAUGAGCGACCAACAAGAAGCACAACAUGAAAGUGAAUCAGACCUUUCCUUCUUCAACAAUUUGUAUGAGCCGUCCCAACCAGAUACCCCCGUGUGAGCACAGAUGCAUAAUAGAUAAUAUAUUGGUGUUAUAUGAUUCCUAAGUUAAUAAUAAAUGCAAUUCAUUUUGAGGA